AUGACGUCAGCAGAAGCGGUACUAACGCAACCGACGCAGAUGUGUGAAACACAUGUAACAUCACCGGCUCUUUGAGGGCACCGGGGCUUCACUUUUCACCGUCACACUGCGACUGGUAGUAAGUCAGACGGUCAUCUUUCGGGCUCUUCACGACCAGCACCUGUGGAUUUGGCCGUUUCAGGAACAGAGUGCCUCUAAUGACGCUAACAGUGAUUAGCUGAGCUAGCAUAGUGGUGAACUUUUAUCCGAGAGCCACUUCCUCCUUGUGUUGUUCGAGGUCAUUCUGUAGCGUCUGUCAAAGGAUCGCCAGUUGUUUCCUGGACACUAGCCAUGAAGAGCCUUCCGUAUUUCUGCCGGGGAGAGGUCAUUAGAGGUUUCGGGAGAGGAAGCAAAGAACUCGGAAUACCCACAGCCAAUUUCCCCGACUCAGUGGUGGACCAUCUUCCAGCAGAUAUCAGCACUGGGAUCUACUACGGCUGGGCCUGUGUCAGUAAUGGGGAUGUCUACAAAAUGGUGAUGAGCAUUGGCUGGAACCCAUACUACAAAAAUACCAAGAAAUCCAUGGAGACUCAUGUAAUUCACACAUUCAAAGAGGACUUCUACGGGGAGAUUCUCAGCGUUGUAAUGGUUGGCUACAUCCGUCCAGAGAGGAGCUACGACUCACUUGAAGCCCUCAUCACGGCCAUUAACAACGACAUCGAGGAGGCCAAGGCCAAACUGGAUCUUCCGGAGCAUCUCAAACUGAGAGACGAUAACUUCUUCACCAGCGCCGGCAGCUCGCCUUCAGCCCCGCCCCCCAACACCGCAUCCACAUCACAGACUAUUAUGAAUGGUCACUGACAGCUGGCUGUGACUGCGCCACUUUGUCCACACACACACACACACACACACACACACACACACACACACACACACACACACACACACACACACACACACACACACACACACACACACACAUCAGAACAACACAGAGGUUUCUAUGAAGACACAGGUGCGUCAUUAAAAUGCACGGCUUCAUUCUGUGAUCUCUCUCCUGUCGCCAUGGCUGCAAAUGGACUUCUCAUAAACAGUCAAUCUUUUUUGUUUUAUUUAUUUUUGCUGCUUCAUUUCCUGUAAGGUCGUCAUGUGAUAGAUUCUGUUUAUUUGUGUACAGUAAUAUCAGCUUGCCUCUAAUCCAGCACAGCUCUGUAUGAAGCUGUAGGUAGGACAGUAGGGUUCAUGAUGACGACGACGGCCACAAAAUAAAAUCAGUUUUAUUUUUUUAUUCAGUUUUGCCCCCCCCCCCCCCCCCCGACUCUGUCACAGUCUGUUGCGUUUUCUUUCUGGGCAUUAUUAUCUGUCACAACCGUUGCACCGUCGAACGACUUUAUGCAACAACGUGGUUAAAUGCAAGUCAUCUGUGUGGAAACAGGGAGGUUACAUCUGGAAAUUAGAUAAAUAUAAUGUUGUAGUAUCCUCGCUUUCUCCUUUCAGCACUCUGCUGUUUUCUCACUGCCCUCAACAUGAAUCAACCUGCUCAUACUGCAGAUUAGGGUAAAUUAUAGAGAAUAUUUAAUAACCAACAGUAUGGUCAGUUAUCUAAUGAAGGAUGUACACAAAUAUGUGUUGUUUUUUUUUACAUGAUUUCAACGUGUCUGUCCUCUGGAUUUGAGUCGCACUGUAAUGUAACUAAACUGUCCUCCCUCUUCCGGUGUGCUGGACGGAUAAAAGAAUUGUAAAAGAAAGACUGAUAGUCCAGGAAAUAUAAAGACUGAGUUUCGCCGAGCCUGGUCUUAUGCAGGACGGUUCAUUUCUCGCAGCUUCUCUGAUACUUGGACCCUCAGUCUCUGUGCACAUAGUUACAGAUGGUAAAUAAUUGAUAGAUGAGCUGAGAUAAAAAACGGUCCUCACACAGCUCUUGUUCUGUGCUCUGACGGUUACAAAGGGCAAAACUCCUGAGGUGUUUGAACCAACCGCAAACUAUACCAGAUGAUCCUGCAGAAGUGUACGCAGAAAAAACCUACAAUACUACAUUAUGAUUAUCUUCGUAAACAUUGCAUUUUUAUUUUAAAAACUCUUGUCAAAUCCCUGUUUGUGUUUUAAGUACGUCUACUCAUGUCUGCCUGUGUGUGUGCGUUUGUGCUUGCACCUAUUUAACUUUUACAGAGCAAAUACUACAGAACUACAAACAUGUAAAGCCCUCUGAAGUCUUGUACAUACUUGUUUUAAAAGAUGAUAUUUAUAAAAGUUUAGCCGAGUGAGUUUGGAUUUGAAAUCGGGAUUGUGUUUUUAGUUUUUUUUAAAUGGAGGUGAUAGAAAUAAAAAAAAAAAAAACACUACUUCACUAUAAUGACACAUUCACUGUUAAAGAAAGCUUUCCUUCAUGAUUAAUGCUACACCAUCCAUCAUGUCAGCUGUCUAAAGCACUUAAUGUACAUAAGAAAUGUCCCUGUAACCCUCAUGUUGCUUCUUCAAAACCUGUCUGAGAUAAUAGGAAGGAUGUUUUUCAUAACUUUUGUCUUGAUGCGUUAUUGCAACAGGGUCAAGUGUUUUCUUCUGUCAUUGUUUUAAGUACCUUCAUCCACUGUCGUUUACACAGGGACCAGAGUUGCUGCAUGUUUAGUUUAAAGCUCCAUACAUCUCUAAUGUUUGUCAUUCUUCUGUUCAAUUUAAUUUUAGCAAAUAAAUAGUUUUAUCAAAAUACA